AUGCCUGUCGCCACCCCUCGCUUCUACGUCGCUCUGGUCGUGUUUGCGGUCUUGAACUUGUGGAUAGCAACCAGCGUCCUCCUGUCCGGAACCCUGGCCCUGGUGCUGCUGUUCCAUUCCCACCGUGCCUACCGCGAGUUCAUCCAAAUCCUGGAAAAGGGCUUUGGCUCUCAUGUUGUCAUCCUGACUUACCUGCUGUCGCCUGCCGACUUGCUUUUGACUGGCGACCUGGAUGCCCUGACCCCUCGCACCCGAUCCAUCAUCAUGGCCAACCACCAAAUCUACCCCGAUUGGCUGUAUCUCUGGUCCCUGGCCUGGUGGGCCGGUAUCCACGGCACCAUCAAAAUUAUCCUGAUGGAGCCGCUCAAGUACAUCCCCAUCGUCGGCAUGGGUAUGCAGCUGUUUGAGUUCAUCUUCAUGAAGCGCAAGUGGGCCUUGGACAGAGACAACAUGAGCAAGAUCCUGCGCACCGCCAAGGCCGAUAAUCUGCCGCUGUCGCUGCUCAUAUUCCCCGAAGGCACCUUGAACACACCAAACAACAAGGCCACCUCCGAAGCCUACGCCAAGAAGAUGGACCUGUCCGAGAAACCCGAGUUUGUGCUGCUGCCAAAAUCGACGGGCCUGCAUUUCUCAUGCGAAACCCUUCUGCCCGAGAUCACAACCCUGGUUGAUGUUACCGUGGGCUAUUCCGGUCUGACCAAGGACCAGGUGGCCUACGAUGAAUACCUCGUCGAGAAUGUCUUUUUCCACGGCAAGGGUCCCAAGCAGGUUCACAUGCACAUCCGCAAGUUUGAUAUUCGGACCCUCCCUGGCUUUGCCCCUGCUACCGAUGGCAUUUCCCAGUCCAAGGAGGGAUCGGCUACCGAUGGCGACCAAGAUGAAGGUACCCGUCAGAAGGAAGAGUUCAACGUAUGGCUGCGAAAGGAAUUCAUGUACAAGGACUCGUUGAUGGGCCAGUUCUAUUCGACGGGCAAGUUCGCCGACAACCCCAAACGCGUGUCCAUCGUGCCAACCAUCCAGGACUGGGUCUCGGUCGGCAUCAUGUUCCUUUCCGUCUUUUACACUUUCCCGCUACUGCUCUGGCUCGCCAGGAUCCCUCUGUAUCUGCUGUUUGGCAUCUAG